CCCUCCCCCGCCCGCCCCGCCGCGCGCUCGCGGACAGUCCGCGCGCGGGCCGGGCCGGCGCCCUCAGCUCAGCUCGCGCGUCGCCCCAGGCCCCGGGGGAUGCUCCCGGCCGGGCCCCCCUCAUGGCCGCCGACGUCUUCAUGUGCUCCCCGCGCCGGCCCCGCAGCGGGGGCCGCCCGGUGUUGCUCAAGCCCCAGGUGCCCGAGGACGACGACGACUCGGACACGGAUGAGCCGUCCCCGCCGCCCGCCUCCGGCGCGACCGCCGCGGCCCGGGCCCACGCGAGCGCCGCGCCGCCGCCGCCCCGGGCCGGGCCGGGCCGCGAGGAGCCUCCGCGCCGCCAGCAGAUCAUCCACAGCGGCCACUUCAUGGUGUCGUCGCCGCACCGCGAGCACCCGCCCAAGAAGGGCUACGAUUUCGACACGGUCAACAAGCAGACUUGCCAGACCUACAGCUUCGGCAAGACCAGCUCCUGCCACCUGUCCAUCGACGCUUCACUCACCAAGCUCUUUGAGUGCAUGACUUUGGCCUACAGUGGGAAGUUAGUGUCUCCAAAGUGGAAGAAUUUCAAGGGCCUGAAGCUCCAGUGGAGAGACAAGAUCCGGCUCAACAACGCCAUCUGGCGGGCGUGGUACAUGCAGUAUCUGGAAAAGCGCAAGAACCCCGUGUGUCACUUUGUCACUCCCCUGGAUGGCUCUGUUGACGUGGAUGAGCACCGCCGGCCAGAGGCCAUCACCACGGAAGGGAAGUAUUGGAAAAGCCGCAUUGAGAUCGUGAUCAGGGAGUAUCACAAGUGGAGGACCUACUUCAAGAAAAGGCUACAGCAGCACAAGGAUGAGGACCUCUCCAGCCUGGCCCAGGAUGACGACAUGCUGUAUUGGCACAAGCAUGGGGACGGGUGGAAGACCCCAGUCCCCAUGGAGGAGGAUGCCCUGCUGGACACAGACAUGCUCAUGUCAGAGUUCAGCGAUACCCUCUUCUCCACACUCUCUUCUCACCAGCCCGUGGCCUGGCCCAACCCACGGGAAAUAGCACAUCUGGGAAAUGCAGACAUGAUCCAGCCAGGGCUCAUUCCUUUGCAGCCCAACCUGGACUUCAUGGAUACUUUCGAGCCUUUCCAGGACCUCUUUUCCUCCAGCCGCUCCAUUUUUAACUCCUUGCUGCCUGCACCUGCCUCAGCAUCUGUACCAGAUCCCAACAGCCCACCUGCACAGGAGAGCAUCCUGCCGACCACCACUCUCCCCACCGUGAGCCUCCCCGACAGCCUCAUCGUGCCCCCCACGGCCCCCUCCCUGGACCCUGCUGAUGGGCAGGCCUGUGAACGCUCUUCCCAGACUGGGGACCCCUUUAUCCAGCCCACAGAUUUUGGCCCCUCAGAGCCGCCGCUGACCGUCCCGCAGCCCUUCCUCCCGGUUUUCACCAUGCCCUUGCUGUCUCCCAGCCCUGCCCCGUCACCUGUGUCCCCAGCGCUGCCAUUGGUUCCUCCUCCUGCCACCCCCCUGAGCCCCCCGGCUCCACCUGCCUUCCUUCAGCCACAGAAGUUUGCCGGAGUCAGCAAGUCACCCUCCGUCAUCACCCACACAGCCUCUGCCACCCUCACCCACGACGCCUCUGCCACCUUCAGCCAGAGUCAGGGCCUCGUGAUCACAACCCAUCGCCCUGCCCCGUCCACGGCCCCCUGCGGCUUGGCGCUGUCUCCUGUCACCCGGCCUCCAGCUGUUGGGCCUCCCCAGCCUCGGUUAACUUUUGUGCCCCCCAAACCUGUAUCAGUGACUGGAGGGAGGCCCAAGCAGCCCCCCAAAAUAGUGCCUGCUCCCAAACCAGAGCCUGUGUCCUUGGUGUUGAAGAACGCUUGCCUCACCCCAGCUGCCUUUGCAGGCCAGCCACGAGCAGUGAUCAUGACGUCAGGCCCUCUGAAGAGAGAAGGGAUGUUGGCUUCUACUGUGUCCCAGUCCAACGUGGUCAUUGCACCUGCUGCCAUCGCCAGGGCUCCUGGAGUGACGGAGUUCCACAGCAGCAUCCUGGUGACAGACCUUGGCCACAGCACGGGUGGCCAGCCUGGCCCCGUCUCCCGGCUCUUCUCUCCAAGCACAGUACAAGACUCCCUGGUGAAGGGCGAGCAGGUCCCACUGCAUGGGGGCAGUCCUCAGGUCCCUGUCGCAGGGCCCAGCCGGGACUGCCCCAGCUCAGGGCAGGCCUCUCCAUGUGCGUCAGAACAGAGCCCCAGUCCUCAGUCUCCCCAGAACAACUGCUCAGGGAAAUCUGCAGACCCCAAAAACAUGGCUGCAUUGAAGAACCGGCAGAUGAAGCACAUUUCAGCCGAACAGAAGAGGCGCUUCAACAUCAAGAUGGGCUUCGACACUCUGAACAGUUUGAUCUCCAACAGCUCCAAGCUGCCACCUGUCGUCCUGCAGACCAGUCACGCCAUCACGCUGCAGAAGACGGUGGAGUACAUCACCAAGCUGCAGCAGGAGCGGAGCCAGAUGCAGGAGGAGGCCCGGCGGCUGCGGGAGGAGAUCGAGGAGCUCAACGCCACCAUCAUCUCCUGCCAGCAGCUGCUCCCUGCCACAGGAGUCCCUGUCACCCGGCGCCAGUUUGAUCACAUGAGAGACAUGUUUGACGAAUACGUGAAAAGCCGGACGCUGCAGAAUUGGAAGUUCUGGAUUUUCAGCAUCAUCAUCAAGCCGCUGUUUGAGUCGUUCAAGGGGAUGGUGUCCACCAGCAGCCUGGAGGAGCUGCACCAGACGGCGCUGUCCUGGCUGGACCAGCGCUGCUCCCUGCCCAUCCUCAGGCCAAUGGUGCUGAACACCCUCCGGCAGCUGAGCACCACCACCUCCAUCCUGACAGACCCGUCCCAGCUGCCGGAGCAGGCGUCAGAGGCUGUCACCAGAAUCGGCAAGAAAUCGGGAGAGUCUUAACCGCUUAGCUGGCAUGUGGCUGCAUGAGACACCAUGGAGACCCUUGCGCCCGUGGAGAGGACACUGCGCCCCCAGCCCUUCCUGAUGCUCAGCCUCAGGGCCUCCCUCCACCUCUGCCGGCCCGCGCGGGUCAGGACGCCGCUCAGGUCUGAAGCAGGCUCGGGGCCUGCUGACAGCAAUAGCCCGUCUUCGGGACCCCCUUGCUGUGAACUCGCACUCAGUGACCUCAGUCACCAACCUCCCUGCCCUCGGGCAGCCCGGACAAAAGGGAAGUGCCAGCUGUGCUCAUCCUGUCCUGCUGGUGGCCUGUCAGGGUCUGAUGCCAGUGAGGGGGUUGAGGGAGACAAAGCCUGCUCCUGUCUGAAAUGCGUGGAUUUGUCCCUCCGCCACGUCCCGUCCACUCUGCUCCCCUGGCCGGUGCCCUGUGCUGCUGUCCGGCCUGCCCAGGGCAGUUGGAAGGCGUCCUUCUUCUCCCCCCACUCUGGCAGCGCCUGGCCCUUUGGAUGGAUUUGGGCUUGUGUUCAGGCUGCUGGGGGAAGUGCCUUUUCCGGAGACCCCCCCAAAACACGGGCGGAUGGUGUGUGUGGACACACACGCAGGACGGGAAAGGAAGCACAUGCGACGCGAAGCUGCUGCUCUGGCUUGGAAACCCUCCCAGUGGUGUUUCGUCUGUCCUGUGUCCCUUCCACCUGGCGUUGCAGGAUCCACAGGGACUCGCCCAGGUCCUUCUCGGGUGUCACCUCGCCGCCAUGGCCUUUCUGCCAUUAUUCUCUACUUGCUUCCGAGCUGCAGCAGUGACAAGCCAGGUGUGUCCAGUGGGAGUGGUUACCCCUUCAGCUCUGGCAUUCAGAUGUCACACUCCACGUUCCUGCCUGUCAGCCGCUGCCUCUUGUCUGAUGUUCUGCUGGGAGCCCCAAACCAGGACACUUCUCAGACCAAAGAUGUCACCAAGCUCAAAGUCUGUCCUGUCUUGUGUUUGGAGGAAGAAACUGAACGUGGAUGCAAAACUCUGAGGAUCGGCCCUCAGAGCUGUCUCUGGGUGUCCCCCAGACCGGACCGUGAAGAGCCGGAGCCUGCGCAGGUCCGGUCCGGCCACUGCGCGUGGGCAGCAGGAGGGCCGCGGUCUCGGUGCCCGCCUUUGUCUCUGGCUGCCUGUGCACGUGGCUGCCAGGCAGGGCCUUGCAACACUCAGGUCCCUCCUCGAGGAAGAACGUGUUGUAAGGCUUCCACUCCACCUCUGUCCUCCCCGCCGCCUCUGCCACCCCUGCCCGCAGGUCUGAGGAGGGCUUUGGCGUGAGCUGGCAGCGUGAGGGGAGGGGCACAGGCGGCCCCUGAAGUUUAGAUCAGUCAGGGGCGCUCUCUGGCUCCUGGAGGCCGCAGAACUGGGGCUCCGAGGAGCAGCCAGCUCCGCCUCAGCCUCGGUUGAUGGAGGACAGAGAUGGGGUCUCCCUGGCCCUGCCACCGCCUCUGCUGUAGGUCCCCGGCCAGCAGCCUGCUCCCCUGUCUGUGCUGCAGCUCUUCGCUAGAGCAGCCUGGGCACCUCCGCCGCCCCAGACGUGUUUACAGGCUUUCCGGCUCCCAAGACCAGGCUGGGCUGGUCCUCGGAAUUCCCACUGGGAAUGGCAAUCACACCCAUCCUUCACCCCCAGGAUAAACAUGGAGUCCCCUUUCCAAAGGCAAGGGCCACUGUGGUAAGAAUUCCACUAAGGUCAGAAGGAAAAAAAUUGAACGUUGCUAGCUGUGAGAGCCUCACGGAGGGCCGUGAGCCCAGCCCUUCCCAACUCCUGUGCUUGUGCAAAACACACACGUGACCCUGGUGGUCGGCCAAGCGAGCCAAGGUCUCUCCUAACUAAAUCAACAGUUUACUCCCCACCCCCUGCUGGGGAGUAAUUUUUUUUUUUUUUUUUUAACUCCGUGGGAUAUAAAAUUGGCCUGUUGCUCCUUUGGCCUACCUCUCCCCUUUGCUGAAUUACUGUUCCUGAUUCUGUUUUGUCAAAUAUUGAAGGCUGUUAGGUUGUAGGAGACUUGAAGGGGUGCGCGCGCGCGUGUGUGUGUGUGUGUGUGUGUGUGUGUGUGUGUGUGUGUACACGUACAUACGUACGUGCGAGCGCCUGUUGCUGUCUGCUAACAGUCUGGCAGACUGCUGACUGUGUCCAUUGCUAACUGUGUCCAUUGCUAACUGUGUGCAUAUCUUUGUUUCGAGAUAUUUCUGUGCAUUCACUUCUCUUGGUGCUCAUGAUUACCGUGGCCGUAGGGCCACAGUGCCGAAUCUUUGCUGCAGACGCGAUUGUUUCUUGUCCCAGGAGUUUUCUUGUUUUGGAAUCUUGCCUGGUGAUCCGGCCAGAGGGGCCUGGCCUUGACCUCUGUCCUGGACUCCUGGGCUGGGUGAGGGGACAGCCGAAGCCACUUUGCUGGUUGCCUCCAGUGGGCGCUGACCUCAGGGCUGCGCUUUGUUUACACUCCUUUUCACCCCUUUCCUGUCCCCCUUCCCGUAAAAGAAACUUCAAAAUGCUAGCGCUUUGGAGAAUAAGAGAAUCAGUCUGAAAAGACAAAACAAGGCCUGCUGGCAUAUAAAUACUCGAGAGUGUUUCUGUGAGGGCCCCUGUCCUCUGCUGUGCUUUCGUGAUGAGUGGGAGACGUCAGGCAGGCUGGGUGCCCCCAGGGGGCUUUCUGAGACGUGACCAGCAGCUUACACACCUGCUGUUGCCCCCAGGGCGGCCGGCCGCCUUCUAGCGGGAAGCACUGACUAGGUCUCAGUGGGAAGAGGCUGGAGGGCAGCAGGGUCCCUGGCAUUGCCCGCAGGUCCCAGAGCCACUGCAGGAGGGGUCAGCGGUCAGCCAGACCUCGUGCUUUUGUGACCUGACUCUACUGUUUCCUGCCUUCGGGACCUGCCACCACUCUCUUUUCUAGAAGUCAGUCCUGAAGGUUUCUCUUCUGUGGCUGGGAUGAAAACUUGGGCCUCUUAGAGGACACAGCACCCAAAACCCCAGGUGGUGCCAAACUCCCAGUCCCUCCCCAGGUGAAGCGGUACAUGAGACCUCUGUCCCUGUCAUUGCCAGGGAGGGCUCGAAUCACCCUUCUGUGUGCACAGCCCUGGCUGGACCUACGCCAGCAGCCUGGGCUCGAGUCAGGGUCUCCUGCACGGAGGGGGAGCUGGUGUGUGUGGCUGGCAAGGCCCCUUCCUCUGAGGCCCCGACUGGCCCCCCGGGUGUGUCCUAAGUUUGCAGGUAUGUUGUUGUUUUGAAGAUGGCAGGUUUUUGCUGCCUGCUGAGACCUUGCGUUCUCAGAACUCGUGGGAGUGGAGCGUUUCUGCCCUGGCAGCAGACCCCUGGGUGUGGGUGUUGGGGAGCUGUGGGCCCUGGGCCCAGUGCUGGUGGGCCAUGCCUCCGCCCAGCUCUUUUCUCUCCCUGGCACUGAUGUGGGCAGGUUGGGAGACCCCUCUUGUCACCUCUUUCUGCCCUCCGCUGUCCCUGUGCUUCCCUGUCAUCACCUGGCUCCUCCCUGGUCUUUGUCCCGUCUGCCUGGGGCCUCCUGACAAGCAGCCUGGGUGUGGGUCCGGCCUCUCUCUUUCUCUCAGGUGGGAGGAGUGGCUUUCCCCACACGCCCUGCUUCCCAGCCACAGAUGAACCCCACCCCCUGGUGAAACCUCCCUCUGCAAAGUGCUUUCUUGGCGGUUUCACGGGGAGUGGGUUGGUGGAGGGCGCUGGGCUGACAGGCCGUGGCGCAGGGGGAGCUGUGGUUGGUGGCUCAGUGCGCUCGACGCCUCAUAUUGUCAUGGAGGGUUUUACCACGUCUGGAUACGUAAGCAGAGAGAGGACAGCGAGGUUGGAGGGUGAAUAGCUUUUUUUUUUUUUUUUUUUUUGU